AUGUUUAGCUGUGCUGGAUGUAAACAAAGUUUACCUAAAAAGGAAUUCAUUUCUUGCUCAAAAUGCAAGUUAAAAUAUGACUUGCAAUGCGCUAACCUUUCUUCGAAAGAAUUCAAACAAUUAGAACCACAAUUUAAAAAUGUUUGGAAAUGCCCCGAAUGUCGUAGUAAGGAACCAAAAAUAGACAACACGAAUACUCCUGUCCGGUCUUCUACUAUAAAUGCUAGUUGCAGUAAACUGUCAUGUAAUGAUUCAAUGGAACUGUCUAACAUUACCUUGCGAAAGAAGCAUAGUAAAUCUUCUCCCGAUGCUGCAAGUAAUGAAUAUAUUACGGUAGAAACAUUGCGUGAUAUGCUAAAGCUAGAACUCGCUAAUACA